AAAAAGUCCCUCCCUCGUUCGUGCAUCAGAGUGCAAACGGAUACAAACAGUUUUCGUCGGUUCACAGAAUCGCGUGUUUUCUAUAAAGCUACCAAAGUAACCUAACCAAGUGUGGUGUCACGUACAAUUCGGAAGAAGAUGGUGCUUUCGGAAUGUUAUGGAUGCGUCAAGUAUGCGUUAGUCUGUGUAAACCUCAUAUUUUGGGCUCUGGGUCUAGCAGCGGUUGUCCUAGCAGUAUGGAUGCUAACAGACCAAACAUUUCUAAUGUCACUGGCACAGGAGCAACACAACUUCAACGCCGGUCUCUACAUUCUGCUCUCAGCCGGUAUUCUGAUGCUGAUAGUUGCCUUUCUCGGCUGCUGCGGCGCCUUCCGCGGCUCUCAGGGCAUGCUGGUCGCUUUCUUUAGCUGCCUGCUGGUGGUUAUCGUCGCACAAAUCGCGGCUGGGGCAUGGUUGUACACGAACAGCGACCGCCUCGAGGAACUGGUCAAGUCUUCCGUGAUAAAUACCGUUAAGAACAAAUAUGGCGAGGACCCUGCUUAUACAGAAGCGGUGGACGCGUUUCAGUCUGAUCUAGGAUGUUGCGGAGCCACCGGUUCAGCUGAUUGGACAGGCAGCAAAUAUGCGACUAGGGAUCCCUCGAUUCCUGUCGGUUUAACCGUUUCCGGGGACGCGAACAACGUGUACAAGGUGCCGGAGUCAUGCUGCAAAGACAAAGACAGCACCGCCUGCAAAGCAGCCCGGAAUAUUAAAGUGGCCAGUAUAGUUAGCCCAGCAAUUUACAGCGAGGGCUGUAUAGACAAGCUGAUGGAUGCGCUGAACAAUCAGAAGAACAUCGUGAUCGGUGUAGUCGCUGGUAUAGGUAUCCUGGAGCUACUUGGGCUGAUAUUCUCCCUGGUGUUAUGCUACGGGAUCCGUUCCUCCGACAGAUCCAAAGCUUGAGCGCAAUAAGUCGUUAAGACGUCAAUGUAUAAUCCUUCCUUACGUCACAUAUCGUCGUGUCAUAAUCUUUUAACCGGUAUCGCGAUAUUUGAUCUCUGUGCCAAUCCGAAUAGGUUUCUCUAUCCGUACAGUCCGACCAAAAUGGAAAAGAAUAGCUGAGAUACAUGCAGGAAAACGAGAAGUUUGUUUCAGCGUCCAAAUCGAGCUUUUGGAUUGACAAUGUUCUAACGUAACGAUUUCAGUAUUGCAUAUGUAUAGUU